AUGUUUUCGCUCGCAAGCGCCCCGGCCUCGCGGAAGGCGGUGAGUUCGCCGUCGCUCCAGGCUUCGCUGCCUUCGGCCGCUUCGGAAGGUGCAGGUGUUUACCGCGGAGACGAAACCGUGACCCUCGUCACUUCGAUGGGAGACGUGGAAGUCGAGCUUUACUGGAAACAUGCGCCCAAGACCUGCAGGAACUUCUUCGAGCUCGCCAAGUCCGGCUACUACGACAAUACAGUCUUCCAUCGAGUCGCGAAGGACUUCUGCAUCCAAGGAGGAGACCCGACGGGGACCGGUCGAGGCGGAGAGUCGAUUUUCGGAGGGAAAUUCGAGGACGAAAUCCACCCAGAUCUCCGCCACACAGGAGCAGGGGUCGUUUCGAUGGCCAACUGUGGUCCUGACACAAACGGAUCACAGUUUUUCAUUUGUCUCGCGCCGGCCCCGUUCCUCGAUGGAAAGCACUCGAUUUUCGGUCGCGUGAAAAAGGGAAUGGAAACCGUCAAGAAAAUCUCUACUGUCCAAACCACGGCUACGGAUCGACCAAUCUACGACAUCAAGAUUAUUCGUGCUGUGACAGCGACCUCGCUUGACUAA